GUUGUCGUUUGCGUUUGCGAGACGUGCGAAUUGCGCUCGCCGUCUACAACAACAACAAACAAACAAACAAAAUAAAAACAAAAGCUACAAACGAUCGCAAAACGAAUUCUGAGAUCGUCAGUUUUUGAUUUUGUUUGCGCGCAAAACACAAAAAAAUACGGUACAAACAUUUAAGCCACACAAUUCCAAUUAGACACAAAUCUGAAAAUAAAUAACAUUCGCGUAACGGGAACGUGCGUCAAGCGUUGUGCGGCUCAAAAGCUCAGAAAGGAUUAAAGCGGGCCAGCGACAAACACACAAUAACAAAAAAAAAAAGUGCCACGCAACUCACGUGUUUAGUGGCCACCGCAUAACACACAAAAGAUACAAGAUAAAGUAACUGUGUGUGUGUGUGUGUGAUGAGUGUCAAACGUCAACACGCACGUGACUAGCAAUUAAUAAGUCCAAAACAACAGCUUAAAUAACAACUAAAAAGCAAAAGCUCGAAACGAAAAAGUGCAAAAGUGAAAUGCAAAUUAGGCGCAAAGUGAAUGCCAAUUGGAGUUUGGGUUCCCAAUAAGAAUCGAGUUGCUCUUAAAGGUCAAAAGCUGUUGCUUGUGCUGCAGCAUCACAAAUUAUAAAUAAAUAAAUGCGAUAACAACAACAAAAAGCAGUCGAAAUUCAACGCGUGUGUCGUUCAUUAAGCCAGAAAGCAUAAGAAAACGAAAUUCGUUGACAUAAUAUAAAAAAUUGGUUUAAAAAUACAUUUUUGAAGCGGAAAUUCAACAACAAUAAAAACAACAACGACAGUUAAGAAGUGCAAGUGCUGCACCCAAGUGAUUUUUGUUAACCGUUUUUUGCUUAAGCUUAAUAACGAGUGCAGUUUAAAAAGCUCAUUAAAAAAAUAUAUGUAAUUACAAUACUUAAUUUUAAUAUGAAAUAGAAUUUACUUUACAUAAAAAAACAACAAAGUCGGUUUUUGACUUUACGUUUUGUGCUUUUGUUUUUGUUUUUGCGGCUACUUUGUCAAUUGGAAUGACAAAUUGACAGCAGUUACAACAAAAACAAUAACAACAACAACAACGAGACAAACAAUAGAAGUCGUUGGCGGCAAUCAACGUGAAACAAUCGACAUAAAAUACAACAACAAUAAAAAAUAUCAAUAAAAAAUAAGCAGGCAAAGGAGCGAAAGAGAGAGGGAGAGAGAGAGCAAGAGCGAGACAACAAAUCGAAUCGGUGCGGUGCGGUUUUGACAAUAUGUUGAGCCCACCAUAAUGAAGGAAAUUGAUACCGAGACAACAGUAGUAUGGCCAGCCUGGUGUUAUUCCGGUAACACGCCCACCGACAUUUUGCAGCAGAGACCAGCGAAGGCGACGACGGCAACGCCAGUGAAACAUCAGAACGAGGAGCAAGAGCAACAGUUCAAUUCAUUGCCCGCGGCGGCGGCCACCAAGCGGAAGCAUCUCGAGCGGCUGGCCAGCGAUCUACGCCAGCAACAACAGUAUCUCAACAGCAGCAGCAGCAGCAGCCACUACAAUAACAACCACAGCAACACGGCGAAAAUGCUCAGCGAGCGUUCGCUGCUGCUCAGCGGCUACGGCGCCAUCGAUAGCUCGAAGAAGCUGUGCGAGGCCAGCAGCCCAACGACGACAACAGCAACGGUUGCUGGCGCCGCAGCGACGGGCAACAGCAGCAGCAUCAUGCAGGCAGCAACACCCUCAGCCACCGCUGCCGGCAGCAAUACCUCAAGCUCAACCUCCUCCUCCAGCUCCUCGGGCUCAUCGUCGUCCGUCUCAGGGUCGUCUGCCUCCUCAGCAGCCACUGCAGCAGCAGCCACAGCGGCAGCAGCAGCUGCUGCUUAUGCCGCAUUGUACUUGGAGAAGGUGAAGCAUGAGAAGCUGUCGCUGCCGUUGGAUUCCUUAAAGGAUGCACUCAUGGAGUCGUCGGCUAUUGCCAACAUGCACAACAACAACAACAUUUCAACAGUCAGUAACAACAACAACAUAAGCAACAACAACAGUAGCCACAGCAAUAACAACAGUAGCAACAACAGCAGUCAUCAGCAACAGUUGCUCGCCAUCAACAGCAGCAACGUCAAACGGGAGCGACUCAGUCCCGCCAGCAACAUCAUCAACAGCAGCAACAACAACAACAACACUAGUAACAACAACAACAAUGGCGAGGUGUCUGUUUCAGCGGCAUUUGCCAGAUCUCGCAGCGCCACGCCCUCAUCGGUGUCGUAUAGGGGCGGCGGUGGCGGUGGUAUUUCACCCAAUCAACAGCAACAGCAACGUUUAAGUCCGCCCAGCUCGACACAAACAGCUCACAUGCCCCUCCACAAUUUGUCCACAAAUCUGUUGAACAGCUUUCAACAAGCCGCUGCGGCAAGCAGUCAACGCAGCUCAGCUGCCACAGCAGUUAAUAAUGCCACAAGUGGCGCCACCAGCGCUGGCAGCACUGGCAACAGUCCAGCUGCAGUUGCUGCAAAUGCGGCAGCGACAACCACAAAUGCCACAGAUUUCUCCACGCGCAACUAUUCGGAUAUUAUGCGCUGCCUCGCAGCCAAGUACAACAACAACAAUCCCAAUGAUCACAAUGCGACGCGUCGCAAUUCGUACUACGACAGCAGCGGCAGCGGCAGCAGUGGCGCCACCGUUGGUGGCAUCAAUGUGCCUGCAACGAAUGCAACAGGUGGCGCCAAGUCAAGCAGCGGCGGCGGCGUCGGCGGCGUGAGCAGCAACAACACAAGCAACAGCAACAACAACCACAGCAGCAGCAGCAAAAAGCUGCGCGAUGCAAAGGAGUCCACACUCGGCGUGGGCGGUGUGUCGGUGGUAGGCGUGGCAGGCGGUGUGCCAGGUGCAGUUGUGGUGCCGGGCGGCAACAGUCAGCUGCCACCAGCUGCCGCACAAUCGCCAACGGAGCAGGCCAAGAGCCAAAUGGCCGCAGUGGUGGCCGCUGCCAGUGUUUCGCCUUUCAUGACCAACUUUCUGCCCUUCUCGGGUGGCAUUUUUCCGCCCCUCAUGGACAUGAGCAGCACCCAAGCAUUGCUGACGCUGGCGCGUGCUGCCAAAGAUGCCGAGAUACAGCAGAUACUGCGGGGCAAGCAGCAGCAACAGCAGCAGCAACAGCAGCAGCAACAACAGCAGCUGAAAGGCAGCAGCAGCAAUGCCUCAUCGCCCAGUGGCAGCACAUCGGGCACGCCACGUCCCAGUUUGAAUGCAGCGUUGCAGCAGGCGGCGCAAUUUGUUACACCCGCUUUAAUCUAUUCGGCGCAACUGCAGCAGCAGCAACUGCAACAACAACAGCAGCAGCAGCAACAACAAUCGCAUCACGCCUCGCGUCAGUCUAGUCCACGUUCCAAUGCGGAGGCUGCUGCGGCGCCGAAUGUGGCAACUUCUGAUGCUGCUUCGUCGGCAGCAGCGACGGCGCCUCUGGACUUGAGCUCACAGCCGCCAGCUGCCAAACGUUUUAAGGCUGAAUCAUCUACAGCAGCAGCGACAGCAACCACUACUGCUGCUGCUGCAACGCUGGGCUUGCUGGGGGCACGUCGUGCCAGCUCGUCAGCAACAACAGCAAUGACAACAACAGCAACAACAUCUUCCACACCAUCCCCGCCACUUGCAGAGCAGAAGCCAACACUCGAUGCACUCGAGGGCCAAGGCAAUGCCAACGCCAACGCAACAGCAGCAACAUCAACAGCAACAGCAGCAACAUCGCCAGCGGGCACAGUGCGUCAGUGUCAGGCGCAAAGCGAGGAAGUGAACUCCUGGUCUGUGGACGAUGUCUGCACCUUUGUGGGUGGAAUUGAUAUAUGCGCCGAAUACGUACAGCACUUUCGUGAUCAGAGCAUAGAUGGCACGGGCUUGCCGCUGCUAACCGAGGAACAUUUGGUUAGCUCGCUGGGCAUGAAACUGGGGCCGGCAUUGAAGCUGCGCUCCAUAUUGGCGAAGAAAUUGGGCGGGCCGUGUCCGUGUGUUGCGUGCGUUGCGCAGGCGCAACAGAUGUUGGCGCUGCAAACGGGAGGCACAACAUCAACAACAACAGCAGCAGUGGCAACAACAACCAGCAGCAACAUAACGACAACGACAGCAGCAGCCGCAGCAACAACAACAACAACUGUAACUAGUUGCAGCAGCGGCAGUUUGUUGAACAGUAGCAGCAACAACAGCAACAGCAGCAACACGGCAACAGAUAACUGCAAUGGGCCCAGCAACAUGGCCAACGAUGUUGCAGCAACAAUGUUGCCCUGCAGCUUUGAUGCUGCCGACAGCAACAGCAACAUUUACAAGAGCAACAACAACAGCAACAAGGAUGCUGCCAGCUAGUUUUGUGUCACAAUCGCGCAAAUGAAUGCAGAAAACAACAAUAAUAAUUAAUUUAAUUAGAUUUAUGCAUGCUAACAAAUUGCAUUUCAACUGCAAAUGUUGUACCAAAAGAGCUUUCAAAUGAAGUUAAAACACAACACACAACACAACAACAACAACAACAACAAAAACACAGACAUAAGUUAAUUAAAAAUACGUUAAAGUUAAUUUAAAUUAAUUUCAAAUAAUCAUUGCUAAAGUUGUAAACUUUAAGCAGCACCAGCAACAACAACAAUCGCAAAGUCUUCCAUUUGCAUGAACGAAAAAAAAGAAAUAACACUUAAAGUUAUAAACAUUUAAACAAUCAAUUACCAAUUAAUCAAUUGAACGAGGAAUUAGUCAAUUACAAGUGAGUUUUUUUUAAUGAUGAAUUACAUUUACAACAAAAAAAAACAAUAACGAUUACGUACUUAAUUACAACUGUCUAUUAUAUUUAUUUUAACAUAUUUGCAAAUUUCGUUUAUAACUGCUAGUCAGUAAUAUAUAUACACAUUAUUAUUAUUAUUACUAUUACAAUUAUGAUUUAGUGACGAUUCGGAGAACUUAAAGCGACAAAUUUCAAAUUUUUCCACACACUUGAUUUCCUUAUUUGUUUAGCAAAGAAAAGGCUAUUUAUUAUUAUUUGUAUUUUUUAUUUUAAUCUUUAUUUAAUAUUAUUUUGUAUGUUUACGUUUAAUGACUAUACUUUUGAAAUGUUUGCAUUGUUUUAAAUAAUCAUAAUAAUAAUUUUUGCGGCCAUUGCAUAUUGGAAUUCCAAAUUCGAAAUUCAAAAAAAAAAAACCUAGGGAAAAAAAUGAAAAAACAAAACAAAGUUAGAAAUUUAAGAGCUCCAAGACUUGAAGACAACAAACAAAACAAAAAAGAGAAAAACGAGAAAAAACAGCAAAUGCAUUGUACAUAUUGUUUUAUUUAAUUACAUAUAUACAUUACGUUAUAGUUAAUAAUUAUAUAUUAUGUAUAAUGUAGACAAC